AUUAAGAUUGAUGUUAAAAACCAUGAUAUAUCAGCUUUAUCAUUCAGGUUUGAAGAAUUACCUAUUCCUCCGAAAAUCCAAGCUGAAAAUCGAGCAAACCGAUCUUUUGAGAAAUAUGUUUUCGUCCAUUCAGAAUACACUGAACAAAUGUCUAUGAGUACCCUUAGCCUUUUAAGUCUGUGUGGCCAGGCCCAAUUCGGUGGUAGAAAAGUUGUACGACCGUUCGUGCGCAAAUCCAGAAUAGUUAGCUCAGAAAAAAAUGCCGUCUCGUUAGCCAUUCUCUAUGACUUACAACACCUGAAUAAACUUUUAAACGUGGCUGGUUAUUCACCUUUGGUUGAUAAACAAGAAUAUCAAGCCGAAUGCAAACAUACGGAUCCUAACCAUGUAACCAUUCAUUUUCUUUACCUCGGAGAUACGACAAAAAAUUGGAAUAAAUCUCAUUUAAGAAUCACCAGUGAAUUUUACGACUCCAUUUUCGAGAAAACGAAGGCAACCGGAUGGACAAACUGUUCCUUUCUUGAUGAAAAGAUGGGGAAUUUUCCUAGUACGAAACAGUUUUGCAUAAAUCCCGCGAUUAUUACAGAUUGGAAUGUACUUGAAAGGGACAUAGUCGGUGGUGCAAAAUGUUUAAUUAUUUACCUAUGGAGGGGAAUUGGAGGUGGAGUUUAUCGAAGUCAUUUCACCGAAAAUCAUCUGAAAUUUCCUCACGAUGCUGUUCAAUUUACUUUAAAACCAAGCAAACCAAUACAAAACGAAGUGGCGCGUUUCAGAGAAACAUUUCUUCCAGAUCGUUACAUAGCACUGUAUGUACGAGCUGAACUAAUACUUCUACCACAUAAGUUUAAUUUUCACUAUCUCAAAAAAUGCAUCAAUGUUUUAGUGGAUGUGGUUAAUGAACUUAAAGCCUUGGUAGGAAUUUCGCAUGUAUAUGUCGCAUCAGAUAUGUCGAAACAUGGCUCGGGUUCGUUGUUGAGUUAUGUAAACCGUAACCUUGACCAUAAUCCAUUUCCAGAAAUUUUUUCCUCUCUCAUAUCCAGAGUUGGUGGAGUGGUGUACAAUUACAAUGCUUCCACAAGUGAGAUAACAGAUCGUGGCGCGAUUGCAAUCGUGGAUGUGACACUUCUGACACAAGCGCAAUAUCUCAUCACGGCAGGAAAAGAAAGUAUGUCAUCGUUUCUUCGUUGGGUGAUUGGCACUUUCCUGGCAAACCGCCGGGACGAUAAAGACUUGUGGUCCAAAAUUUCUGUUUGUGACAUGUAA